AUGCCCAAAGAUGCCGUCCCGAAAAAACGGGGCCCCAAGACCGAUGUGCUAGAAGCUCUUCUCAAACGGGUCGAUGGGUUGGAGAAACGACUCCACGAUGAAAAGAAUCCGAUUUCGCCCACUUCCCCCGAUACCCCAGACGAUCCGCCGAGCUUUCCCACUCGUCGCAACACCAUCGAUACCUCUUUCAGUAUUUACUCUUCAAGCGAUCGAUCGGCUCUGUCAACUUCUCUCUCGCAGCAUGCGGAUCCCUUCUCUAGGCCGACCGGCCACUCAGCCAAUCUUCUACAACAACCUUCUCCGACAAGCAGUGGUCCUUUAUCGGAUGCGAUCCUCGAUAUUUACUUUGACCGAUUACACGGUAAACCAUUUUAUAUAAUAGACGAGGCAACGAUGCGACAGUACCAUCAAGUGAACCAAUUGCCUCCGUCUUUGGCCAUGGCUAUCUCAGCACUGACAGUAAGAUACACAACCUCGCAUGGCCAAAUGGAGCAGUCAUUACGUACCGGGCUCGAUGCGGCGCUCCAGGCAAGACAAUUGAUUGAUGUCGACAAUCCGACAGUGGAAGGACUCCAGACUCUAUUGCUACUUUCGCAGGCUUUCUACGCGUAUGGGCUGGGGAAGAAAGCUUAUAUGACGUUUUCAAAUUGCGUGGCCAUGAUCGUCGCUCUGGAUUUAUACCACGAGGCUCCCUCCAAGCCCAAUGUCGCGUCUGCCGAGCGAGAAAUGAGGCGUCGGCUAUUCUGGUCUGUUUACCUAAUGGACAGAUUCAUCAACUGCGGAUCUCGACGUCCAUGUCUGAUCACCGAUCAUUCGGUUGUUCUGCGCCUACCAUCUUGGUCACCACACGCAGCUGGUCUGAAUCUGGAGGGAGAGCUCUUCCAUGUCGGCCCGAACAUUCAAUACUCCGCUGAUUCCCGGCGCAAAUCACCCAGUGCGGCCUCUUUGUUGAUUGAUAUCACGCGUAUUCUUGGUGUGACCAAUAAGUACUUGGCGGCUGGUGGAGUCAAGGGCGACUCCCACUUCCCAUGGCAUGCGCUUUCUAAUCUAUCGAAGAUCCGACAAGAAUUGGAUAUCUGGGCGGCUGGUACGCAGGACGUCUUUGCAUCCAUCGAUGCAUUGUUCGGCCAUCCCGAAAGUACAACACUUUUGCUGAGCAAGUUGAUCUACCAUUUGGUGCACUGUUUGAUCUACCGUCCGUUCCUACCCAUUGACCUGGUAGAGCUCCGAGGUACGGGACAGCAUCAGUCCUGGCAAAUCGAGGCGACGAACUUGUGUUUCUCGCACUCCAAUGCCAUCGCAGAGCUUGUUGAACUGGGUCGUAAUUCUCCGCUGAUUGAGUGGCCUGCUUUCGUCGGCUACUGUGUGUGCACAGCAGGAACUGUGCACGUUCACGGUGUGCACUACAAGGGCCGCGAAGGAGAGGUUUUCUCUUCUAGCGCUGAAUUUCUGACUCGGGAGAUGAAUCAGCUUGCUUGGUUGCGCAAUAUUUGGACUGGCGCACAGCACCAGCGUGAGCUGCUUCAGACUAUCUAUACGUGCCACUCCGAAUUGGUACGCAAUCUUGCCAGUAGCCCUAUGCGUUUCUCGCCGGUUUUCCACCUUGAAGACUUUCUCGACCGAUAUCCCGGUCUGACGUUAGAUGGAUCACACGUUCGCCUCAUAGAUGCGGGGGACGAGCUGGCUCCAAGUCCUGCAAACUUCAUUGAUCGUCAAGAUCACUUCUACCAACGACCAGCACCCGCACCUUCCUAUCAGAAUGCUUCGUCCUACUUCUCAAAUUCCCGGUCUGGACCCCUAAGUCCAUUGGCAUCCAUCCAGAGCUCAGAUAACGACCGUCGACACUCACAUUCGCAUUCUGUGUCAGAGAAGCCCUCUCACCCGACUUCCCUUUCACCAACUCUUCAAUUCCACUCAAUCCCGAGCAAUCAACAGCAACAAUCGCCAUCUCUGCCUUCCAUAUUCUCCCUUCCACCCGGAACCGAUCUAUCCGGUGCCGGACCAUCGGAAAACUCUCACCUGUCCAUCCCGGGCUUCUCCCCAUGCGCCUUCGGCCUCUCGCCACCAGCCUUUCUCACCGACGGCGCUCUGAACAUAGCACCAACACCGCCCCCAAAUCCGCAAUACGCAACCUUCCCCUUUGACACCGCUCACACCAACCUAAACGGAAUGGGGCAGUCGGGCCACACCGCUUUAACCCCCGGUGCCCAGUCUCAAACUAGCGCCACUCACACCGCAACUGGCAGCGAGGGCGCGUCUGAAAAAGACCCUUUCCUGAGCUUGCUGGAACAGCUUGCUGAAAAUGAGAACUCGCAGGGCGGGCCUAGUGAGCUCGAGUUCUUUUUGACGGGCACCGGUGCUGUCGAGGGUGAUGCGGAAAUUCCGCCCAAGAAAGAUGGUGCUUCGUAG